AUGGGGCUUGGCGUGUUGGAUACCAAGCGCCCUCAUGUACCAGGGACCACGGACAUACUUGAGCGAAGGCACUCCAACAAUGAGCCAGUCAUCGACUCGCAUUUAAAAUACGAUCGGUCGGGCUCUGUACCCAUCCUACUUGUCCCUCAGCCAAGCGAUGAUCCCAACGAUCCAUUGAACUGGCCACUCUGGAAGCGCGAUGUCACGCUUCUGGUUCUGUCUUUUGUCGCGGUGCUUUGCGCAACGACAAGCUCGCUGAUGGCUGCCAACACCGUAACAAUUGCUCUUUACUAUGGCAAGAGCUUCACCUCAGUCGCGCUUCUAACUGGGUACCACCUCUGUGGUGUUGGAGUGGCUGGGAUCUUGAUUGUACCUACAGCACGAGUUUGGGGAAAGCGUCACCUCUUCCUGCUCGGAAAUGCCUUGAUGGUAGUGAGCUGUGCCUGGGCUGGGGGCAGUAAGCACAACUACCAGAGUCUGUUAUGGGCUCGUAUUUUCCAGGGGAUUGCUCUUGCUCCAUUCGAAGCUCUGGUCAAUGCAUGUGUCGGUGACUUGUUCUACGUGCACGAACGAGGCAAAAGGAUGGCACUGUCCAACGUUGCUCUCUUUGGUGCAGCCUUUCUUACGCCAGUACUGGCGGGCAAAAUCACACAUACCCUUGGAUGGGACUGGACUUUCUACCUGGUAGCCAUUUUCGCGGCGGCAGCACUACCUCUCACAUUCUUCUUUGUCCCCGAGACAGCUUUCAGGCGACCGGACUACUUGAACGCUGAAUUCGAAUAUGCCAACGAUCGCUCCGCCUCGGAAGUCCAGCUCAAUGAUAUCGCAACGUCGGAGGCUACUCCAGGGCCCGACAAUCAAAAGCAGACCUCAUCCGCAGUCGAGCAUCACCAACCUACGUCCUCACAAGAGCUACCCCGAAAGAGAGAGUCAGCAACACCAGCCAAGGUGUCCUAUCUCCAAACUCUCAAACCCUUUAAUGGACGCAAAACCGACGAGAGCUUCUUCAAGCUCCUCUUACGGCCCUUUCCCUUAUUCUUCCACCCCGCAAUCCUUUGGGCAUGCUUGAUCCAGGGCGUAAUCAUUGGAUGGACCGUAUUCAUCGGUGUCGUCCUAGCCGCCAUAUUUCUCGGCCCACCCCUAUGGUUCAACGAGGUGCAAACCGGGUACCUGUACACGGGGGCCUUCAUCGGUUCCAUACUGGGUCUGAUCCUAUCGGGCCUUCUCUCCGAUUCGAUGAACCGCAUCAUGAUUAAACUCAACCGAGGGAAGUACGAGCCGGAGUUCCGCAUCCUCCUCGUGAUCUUCCAGUUGAUCUUCUGCGGCGCCGGGCUGUAUGGGUUUGGUAUCAUCGCUGAGGAUGUCGCUCGAUACGGAUGGCUGGUGGCGGACGUGUUCUUCGCUCUGGUUAUUAUAGGCAUGGUGAUGGGCGCUGUCGCGAGUGCGCUGUACAUUGUCGAUGCACAUCGCGAGAUUGCCAUCGAGUCUUUUACAUGCAUGCUGGUGUUCAAGAACAUGUUCAGCUUUGUGUUGACGUUCUAUGCUUAUGACUGGCUGCUGCUGAAUGGCAUUAGGCCGGCUUUCUUGGCCAUUUCUAGCAUUCAGAUGGGAGUCUGUGCCUUGAGCAUUCCGAUGUAUAUUUUCGGUAAAUGGAAUCGCUCAUUCUUCAGCCGCUAUGAUAUUUUGAAGAUGCUGCACUUGCGGUGAAGGUACACGAUCUACGGAUGACGAUCUUCGAUUAUUUGCUUCUUUUCUCUCCCUUGUUAAGAAUACCCCUCAUUAGAUUUGACAAUAACUUUCAGCGAUCGCAACUAUAUACAUUUUUUAGCUCGACUGCAAGUUUAGAAAAGAAAAAAGAAAACAAAAGUAAACAAAACAAUACCCGAAGACUCCCGAGGCUGGAAGGACUCGUCCCGCGUGACCUCUCCGGACAUUAUUGAAUUAGCCAAGCAAGUAGAACCACAGUAAACCCAUGGAUGGAUCCACUGAUGAAGUGGUAGAGUAAGGUAGCAUUGGGGAAGCUCCGGAAGCCAUCCAAACGCCUGGAAUCCGUCAACCGCGGUUCAACGCAGCCCAGCGAGCCACCUAAGUACCCACAACCGAUGGAAAAAAAGAGGAAAACAAGAGCGA